AUGCUCCCGGUGUCAUUAGUGUCCCCUGGGCUUUGCCCCCCGCACGCAGACGACGGUGGCUUUGAGAGCGGCGCCUACAACAACUCGGCCAUCCGGACGCCCAACCUGGACGCGCUGGCCCGGCGCAGUGUGGUCUUCCAGAACGCCUUCACCUCCGUCAGCAGCUGCUCCCCCAGCCGCGCCAGCAUCCUGACCGGCUUACCCCAGCACCAGAAUGGGAUGUACGGGCUGCACCAGGACGUGCACCACUUCAACUCCUUCGACAGCGUGCGGAGCCUGCCCCGGCUGCUCAGCCAAGCCCGCGUCCGGACAGGGAUAAUUGGGAAGAAGCACGUUGGGCCCGAGGCUGUUUACCCCUUCGACUUCGCCUACACAGAGGAGAACAGUUCGGUCUUGCAGGUUGGGAGAAACAUCACUCGAAUCAAAGCGCUCGUCCGGCGCUUUCUGCAGAGCCAGGACGAGAGGUCUUUCUUCCUCUAUGUCGCCUUCCAUGACCCCCACCGCUGCGGGCACUCCCAGCCCCAGUACGGGGCCUUCUGUGAGAAAUUCGGCAACGGAGAGAGCGGCAUGGGCUGGAUCCCAGACUGGAAGCCACAGCUCUACCACCCAGAGCAAGUGCAGGUCCCCCACUUUGUUCCAGACACGCCGGCUGCCCGGGCAGACCUGGCAGCCCAGUACACAACCAUCGGGCGCAUGGAUCAAGGGAUCGGGCUGGUCCUGGAGGAGCUGCGGCGUGCCGGCUUCCUCAACAGCACGCUGGUGAUCUACACCUCUGACAACGGCAUCCCUUUCCCCAGCGGCAGGACCAACCUCUACCGGUCGGGCACCGCCGAGCCCCUGCUGAUCUCCUCCCCCGAGCACACCGAGCGCUGGGGGCAGGUCAGCCAGGCCUUCGCCACCCUCCUGGAUCUCACACCGACCAUUUUGGACUGGUUCUCCAUCCCCUACCCUUCUUACAGCAUCUUUGGCACAAAGCGGGUGCAGCUCACCGGAAAGUCUCUCCUGCCAGCACUGGAGUCGGAGCAGCCCUGGGACACCGCCUUCAGCAGCCAGAGCCACCACGAGGUGACCAUGUACUACCCCAUGCGAGCCGUCCAGCAUCAGCAGUUCCGCCUCAUUCACAACCUCAACUACAAGAUGCCAUUUCCCAUCGACCAGGACUUUUACAUCUCGCCCACUUUCCAAGACCUGCUCAACCGCACCAGGGCCGGGCAGCCAACCCACUGGAACAAGACCCUGCACCAGUACUACUACAGGGACCGCUGGGAGCUCUUUGACUGCAGCCGCGACCCCACCGAGAGCCAGAACCUGGCUCCCGAUCCCCGCUACGCCGCCGUCUUCCAGCUGCUUCGCGCGCAGCUCUUGAAGUGGCAGUGGGACACGGGUGACCCCUGGGUGUGUGCCCCCGACGCUGUCCUGGAGGAGAAACUGAGCCCCCCGUGCCGGCCGCUGCACAACGAGCUGUGAGCCUCGGCUCUGCCUGGC